AUGGUGAGAAGUGAUGACUUCGUUAAUGACGCAAAGAAUGCAUAUAAUCUGAUAACAACCGAGGAUAAGCCACCUGAUAUUAAAUAUGAAAAAGAGAACUCAUGGGUGGCUGGAGUUCAGAUGUUUAUAUCUUUUUUACUGGCUGGUUUCGGUAUGGUAGCAGCCAGUUUAUUAUUAGAUGUGGUACAGCAUUGGGAAGUUUUCUCCAAAGUAUCAGAAGUGUAUAUCCUAGUACCAGCCCUCCUAGGCUUGAAAGGUAAUUUGGAAAUGACUUUAGCAUCACGAUUGUCAACUCAUGCCCAUUUAGGUCAUCUUGACACUAGUUUGGGAUCACUGGUUGUUGGAAAUUUAUGUCUCAUUCAAUGUCAAGCUGUCCUUGUAGGCUUCCUGGCUGCCAUGGCCGCUGUUGCCAUGGGAUGGAUACCAGAGGGACAAUUUGAUAUUCAUCAUGCAUUGUUGUUGUGUGCCUCUAGUGUGUUGACAGCAUCAUCAGCUAGUUUAGUGCUUGGUAUCAUUAUGAUAGGAGUUGUGGUUGUAUCAAAGAAGUUGAACAUCAAUCCAGACAAUGUAGCCACACCUAUAGCAGCUAGUUUGGGAGAUUUGACGACUUUAGCACUUUUGUCAUGGAUAGCAUCACUCCUUUUUAAAUCAAUUGGCACAAGUGUUAUUCUACCAUCCCUUAUAAUCAUUGUUGGUGCUUGGCUUGUGCCAGUUUGUGGGUAUAUUGCUUGGAAAAAUGAUUUUACUCAGCAAGCAUUAGAUGAAGGAUGGGUACCAGUGGUGUCUGCUAUGAUCAUUAGCAGUGCAGGAGGAUUAAUACUGGAUCAUACUGUGUCUAUGUACUCUGGAAUUGCAGUGUAUCAACUGGUCAUUAAUGGCAUAGGGGGCAACAUGGUGGCUGUACAUGCCUCUAGAUUGUCUACUCAGCUUCAUACUGGACAAAAAGAAGGUUCAGUAAUUGGAAGUACAACUAAGUUGUUGUUAUUAAUGGUCAUACCUGGCCAGUUAAUUUUUAUUUACACUAUAGGAUAUCUAAGAGCUGGACAUACAUCUACUACACCUACAUUCAUAUUGAUUUAUAUGUCUGCAGCUUUAUUGCAAGUGUUUCUAUUAUUAACAAUUAGUCAUUACAUGGUUCGUUGGAUGUGGGGAAUGGGUAUGGAUCCUGACAAUUCUGCAAUACCAUACCUUACUGCGCUUGGUGAUUUAUUGGGAACAGCCUUACUGGGUGUGGCCUUUAGUAUUCUGUUUGCCAUUGGAGAUAGAGACAGUGAUGUAGGUGAUUAA